AUGGGGCUCUCUUCCAACCCAUCGUCUGCCUUUACAGGCGUCGUUAUCGGCCUCGUGUCAUCCUUCGGUUCCAUUGUCCUCAUCGCCCUAGUCAUCUUUAUCUUCUGGGUUUCCGGCUGCGCGAGUACUGGUCGCAUCAUUCUCGAUCGUCUUGGUCGGCCAGGAGAAUACGAUGAUGAGCAGGCGUUCGCGCGUGAUGAGGCGGAGGCCCUCGAGGUCAUGGAUGAUAUGUCUCGUCAAGAAUACCUACGUGCAAAGGCCUGGGUCACCGCGAACCCUCCCGAAUCAAUGCAGACUGAUAUAUCUCUAUCACAAUAUCUAGCUAUCCAAGAAAAGGGCGUCUCGGCGUGGGAGUUUGAACCUGAACUCGAGAUCGCCAAUUGUUUUGUCGAGGCUCGCACCGAAAUUGAAUUCUUUGACUCCGAAUGCACCGUCAUGAGCAACCUCCCCAUCCCCAAGCAAAACGAUGUAUAUUACUGGGAAGCCAAGAUCUACGAAAAGCCUGAAAGCACUCUGCUUAGUAUUGGCAUGGCCACCAAGCCAUAUCCUCUCUUCCGGCUGCCUGGUUACCACAAGUACUCUGUAGGAUACCAAUCCACCGGUGCCCGCCGCUACAACCAACCAUUCGGCGCGACUCCCUACGGUCCCCCACUGGUGCAGGGCGAUGUUGUUGGUGUGGGUUAUCGUCCUCGAACUGGUGCUAUCUUCUUCACUCGCAACGGUAAGAAGCUGGAGGAAGUGGUCCACGGACUCAAGGCUCAAAACUUCUUCCCUGCCAUCGGUGCUAAUGGCCCUGCUACUAUCCACGUCAACCUGGGACAAGCCGGCUUCGUCUUUAUCGAGGCCAACGUCAAAAAAUGGGGUCUGGCUCCCGUCACAGGAAGCCUGGCUCCUCCGCCACCUUACGGAUCUGAGCAGGGUAGCAUUCUGUUAGAAGCUGGCACUAAAGACGGCCACACUUAUCCUCAAGGCAGGCACCACAGUCACUCGAUCACGGCGGGCUCUUACAAUACACGCAACCCUUCAAACGAUUUAAUCCCGCAACAUGGGCGAACACGCAGCGGCAACUUUCGUGUCCUCCCACCUACAAGUCCUGGACCGGUCAGAAGCUCGACCGACAUUUCUUUAGCUCAUUUUGUACCCAACGAGGAAAAUGGUGAAGCUAGCAGCAAUGCCGCACCUCAGCAGGAAACUCACAACCACAAUCCUUUACAUCUACACCUCGAGGAUGCAACCAACCCGCCGCCUGAAUAUCAGAGUCCCGAUCACUCAAGUAGUGAUGAUGGCCGGUAUGGAAGUGAUAGCGAGGAAGACACGCCCUUGAUCCGCGUAAUGAGCCGCAGUCGAGGCAAUUCUUCUGCCACUGUCAUUCCCUCGCGGCAAAGCCCCAGCCAGCGUCAUCCACCAGUACCUAGCUAUAGUGACGCCGUACGACAAGGUGCCGGUCGUGACCGAAGCGAUAGUGCGCGGUUGCCCCUACCGAGCCGAACGUCAUCUAACCGGCCUCGCAGCAGUACAUCUGCUUAA